GCGAUAUUGAACGCCCAUCUUCGCUAUGACGAUCGCACAGACCAUGCUACAGACCGCUGCUGAGACGGCCACCCAUGAGCGCCCUCCUGCACCAGUCUCAAAGGGCACCUUCAGAGCCCAGCGGCCUGAGAUUGUCGGUCCUGACGAGCCAAUGCUCCCAUUCCCCAUCCCCCUUUCUGGAGCCGUGCAGAAGGGAUUUGGGAGGGGUGGUAAAGACCUCGGUUGCCCAACUGCCAAUCUUCCCGAUGAAUCCUUGCCCGCCAUGAGCGAGGUCACUCAAACAGGAGUCUACUACGGUUUCGCUCAGGUGCUUCCUAUCAGCAACGAUGAGAGAGCACUCUCUGGGGAGGAGAGCCAGGUUCAUCCGAUGGUUAUGAGCUUGGGCUGGAAUCCAUUCUACAAGAAUGAAAAAUUGACCGCUGAAAUUCAUGUCAUGUAUCCCUUCAAGCGCGACUUUUAUGGUCACGAGAUGAGGGUGGUUGUUCUGGGUUACAUUCGUCCUGAGCUUGAUUACGUCUCAAAGGAAGCAUUGAUAGAGGAUAUCGAGACGGACAAGCGGGUUGCACUGAACUGUCUCGCACGACCCGCAUAUCAGAAGUACCGUGACGACCCGCUCUUUGAAGCCUCGUCAUAGCCUUCUGCGAUGACAUUAUCGGGUAGUCUUCAACAAUAUGCAUGAUAUACUAAGAACGACAUUUUUGUACCCUACUACACGGGGAUAAUAUUCCGUUGUAUGCUGCUAUAUCUCCUCGUGUAUAGGAGAGAAACACGAUAC